AUGGAUUCUACUGUGAAAGGAACGGGUCCGUUUGGUUUACCUGGUCCACCGAAGCGUUCGGAACGUCGAAUCAAAGGCAAACCAAAUGGACCAGGUGGCUUCGCAAGCCUUGCGGCCCAAGUCGGGGAGGAAAUUCUUAGGUACACGAUGGAUUGGAAAAAUCAUUAUCGCGAAAAUAUCAUUAUACCGAAGCUCAUGGGCCCAGUGAUGAUCAAGAGUAAAGAAGAGAAAAUGAUCGAGGCCGCGUUCGAAAGCUGUGCUUUCAAGUCCAUCACAGCGUGUGUCGUUGGCUACGGAUUGGGAGCUGGCCUGGGUCUUUUCAGUGCCAGUCUGAACCCUACUAUAACUCCAGAUUUUGGGCAUCAGUCAGCUCGUCAGGUUCUUCAAGACAUGAAAGUUACAACUUUGAGUUAUGCCAAGAAUUUCGCCAUGAUUGGUAUGGUUUUUUCCGCUGUGGAAUGCACAAUUGAAAGC